AAGUGGGCUGAAGCAUGGGCUGUGCUUCAAGUAUUCAUAUCUCUGAUAGGGUGGUCUACCACAGUGGAAAAGAGUCCGAGGAUUCCCACUCCCCCCAGCAGACCAACACCACUCAGCAUCAAGGAAAUCCUGCCUCUGGACUACCCCUGAAACCCCCCAGCUGCAAGACGACGUUAACAGAGGUGCAAUUUGGACCAAUGAAGUUAUUUAAAGAUCCACUUCAGGUACUUUUAGUUUUUGCCAAAGAGGACAGCCAGAGUAAUGGCUUCUGCUGCGCGUGCGACAAGGCCAGCUACAGGUGCAGCGUCGCCCGGACACCUGAGUCCGCUCUGGAGUGCUUCUCAGAGAAGCACCACGACCUCGUCAUCAUCGACCACCGACACUCCCGGCAGUUUGAUGCUGAAGCACUGUGCCGGUCGAUCCGAGCGGUCAGCGCCGCAGAAAACACUGUGAUAGUCGCCGUGGUGAAAAGGCCAGACAGAGAGGAGGCGUCUGUGAUGCCGCUGAUCAAUGCCGGCUUUAACAGGAGAUACGUGGAAAAUGCCAACGUGAUGGCCUGCUACAAUGAGCUGCUGCAGUUGGAGCAUGGAGAGGUCCGGGCCCAGUUCAAGCUGAGAGCUUGUAAUGCCAUUUUCACAGCUCUGGAACAAAGCCAAGACGCCAUAGAGAUCACUUCUGAAAACCAAGUUAUUCAGUAUGUGAAUCCUGCCUAUGAGUCCAUCAUGGGCUACCAACGCGGGGAGCUUUUAGGGAAGGAAAUAAUAGAAGUGCCUAAAAGUGAGAAGAAUAAGCCUGAUCUCCUUGAAACCAUAAACUCCUGUAUACUGAAAGGAAAGGAGUGGCAGGGGAUUUAUUAUGCCAAAAAGAAGAAUGGAGACAACGUUCAGCAGAAUGUGAAAAUCACACCUGUAAUCGGACAGGGAGGAAAAAUCAGACACUAUGUGUCUAUCAACAGGCCUUUAAAUGAUAAUAAUAAGAGCGAUAAAUCCUGCGAACGUGUGCAAGCAGAGUCUCAAACAGACAUCCAGUCCAGUAGGCACAAAGACCGGAGGAAAGGCUCUCUGGACGUCAGGUCCACCACGUCUCGGGGGAGCGACGGGAGCUCUCAGAGAAGACACUCGUCCAUGGCCCGGAUCCACUCCAUGACGAUAGAAGCUCCAAUCACCAAGGUCAUUAACAUCAUCAACGCAGCACAGGAGAGCAGCCCCAUGCCCGUGGCUGAGGCCUUGGACCGGGUCCUGGAGAUCCUGAGGACCACGGAGCUCUAUUCCCCGCAGCUGGGCACCAAGGAUGAAGAUCCACACACCAACGACCUUGUGGGGGGGCUGAUGACGGGAAACGGUGACGAGGAAUCUGUCAAAAGCGUCCUAACGUCUCCGGAGAACCGGAUCCUCGUUAAGCGGAUGCUGAUUAAAUGUGCCGACAUCUCGAACCCGUGCCGGCCUCUGGAGCUCUGCAUCGAGUGGGCCGGACGCAUCUCCGAGGAGUAUUUUGCACAAACGGAUGAGGAGAAGAGACAAGGUCUCCCGGUGGUCAUGCCUGUGUUCGACAGAAACACCUGUAGCAUCCCCAAGUCCCAGAUCUCCUUCAUCGACUACUUCAUCACGGACAUGUUUGACGCGUGGGACGCCUUUGCAGACCUCCCCAACCUGAUGCAGCACUUGGACAACAACUUCAAGUACUGGAAAGGUCUGGACGAGCGCAAGCUGCACAGCCUGAGACCCCCCCCGGAGUAG